AUGAAGAAGUGCAGCGGUGAGUCUUCUUCCAAACUGGACAGGAAGACAGUGGAGAGGAACAGAAGAAUCCACAUGAAAGGUCUCUGCUUCAAGCUUGCUUCCCUUGUUCCUCCCCAACACUCCAAACCCUCCAACUCCAAGGACACGUUGUCGCAGCAAAAGCAGCUCGAUCUUGCGUCCUCCUACAUAAAGCAACUGAGAGAGAGAAUAGAGAAUUUGGAGGAGAGGAAGGAGAAAGCAAUGAGGUCACAAUUAGGGAUGGAUGCUAAUAGUACUAUCGAUGCCGAUAAUGCUAUGACGGUGAGAUCAAGAUUGCCAGUUAUUGAAUUAAGAGACUCAGGUUCAGUUAUAGAAGUGAUGCUGAUCAGUGGGUUGAACAAGAACUUCAUGUUAUACGAAGUGAUUGGUGUUCUUGAGGAACAAGGAGCAGAAGUUAUCAGCGCUAGCUUUUCCACCGUAGGCGAUAAGGUUUUCCACUCGCUCCAUGCUCAGGUCAAAAUUUCUAGGGUUGGUGUAGAGAUUUCAACUGUGUGGCAGAGACUGCAGGAUUUGAUUUACUGA